AUGAGUAAAACAGCGGACAGGAACCUCGAGGAAGAAGAGCCCGAAGAUGAAAUGACCAGGAUGAACGAAAUCAAAGCAAACUGUGCUGUAAUCUCGACUCUGGUGAAGAGACCGAGAAAACGAACAGAUGAAACUUGCAGCGGGAUGAAAAUCCUCAAACUGUUGAUGGUAUUCUGCAGUAUCUGCACUUUAGCGGAACCACAAACAACAUUUCAUAUAUGUUCGAAAAGUCAAGCUGGAGGAAUCAUGGUGAGCAUCCCCGACCCGACCAAUUGCUGCGUAUCCGAGAGUGACACUGUCCUUCAUACAAAAGUCACCAUCUAUACACGAAGCUAUGCCAAAAUACCGGCAAUAUACUGUGCGAAUUUCACGAGAACGAUCUGCACUAAGGCAUUCUUCCGCCCCAUCAUGAAAGUUAUAUCUGACGAGAUCGAGGUUGGAGCCUUAUCGCCAUCAGUUUGUCAGAAACUGAAUUCGGACAAGGAAUAUGCAGGCACCAGGUUGCAACAAAUUCUACCUUCCCACUGGAAAUCCCGCAAUGACGUUCACUACUCUGAUGGCUGGUUGGGAACGAGAUGCACCACGACCACUAAUUAUGUUUUGGAAUAUGGCGAUAUAGCCACCUCUGAAGACCAUGGAAUAAUAUCCAGCCUUGGUGAUAUGGGAAACUGCAAAGUAUUGACGGGUCUUUGUAUGACACGAAAAGGUACGAUUAUGUGGAAUGCCACAGAAGUACGGGAAAAAUGCUUCUACGAAAGCAAGGGAACAACAAUAGCGCAAGCCACCGUACAUCAUGUUCUGAUCGAAAGUCUUCAAGCAGCCUUGAUUUUUGCGAAAGGAAAAAUAUCAACUCAUACUGUGCUACACUGCAAUUUGAAAAAUCCUCAAAAGAUGGAGAACGAUAUUAUCUUAACUUUUGAAGAAGUGAGCACAAAUUUGUCCAUUCCAGAGUGGAUAGUAUCACAUAAGGAAGAAGUGGAUCGGAUGAAUUUUAGAAAUACCAAUUGGAAGCCCUUGGAUCCUAUCAUGAAAGGCUACGACGCCGCACGAGCCACUUGGGCUAUAGCUGACCCGUAUGUGAUAGAC